AUGAAGUUAGUCAUUAUUAUUGCUAUUGUUCUUCUUGGUUGUAUUACAUUCAAUGAAGCUCUUCAAUGUUAUUCACAUGAUACUUGUUCUGCAAAUUGUCCACAAUUGAGUGAGACAGUUAAAACAUGUGGUGGUGAUGAAAAUAAAUGUUAUAAAGCAGCAUUACCAGUUGGUGUUAGUCGUGGUUGUGCUAGAGAACGAUGCAAUGUUCAAGUCAAUGCUAAUUCAGUAAUGGCUAAUGUAUGCUGUGAAAAAGAUUUAUGUAAUUCAGCAAGAACAUCAAAAAUGACAAUCAGUGGAUUUUUUAUGAUGAUUGGCGCUUUGUUUUUGAUUCAUAUAUAA